ACUUGAUAUAUCGUGCAAUUGAAGCAACCUGUCCGCUGAGAACUUCUUGAGGCUUCGAAGAAAGUGCCAUCCAAUUCGUUAGUCUCUCUCGAAUUGACCCUUUUUUCUGCCGUCCAACCACAGCCGGCUGAUUCACGAUCCCGAGGUCUGACCGAAGAAGUUCAACCCGCCUCCUCGGUGAGAACAGCAUCCGCCGCCACCUCGUCGAGGUUUCGACCCUCCCACUUCCCAGUCGCCCAUCCAAGUCAAAUAAAUAUUGACACCUAAUCCUCCCUCAAACUACCAAUCCUCCCUGGAUAAUCAUGUCAUUUUCCAGUUUGGUCCAGGACAUCUCAUUUCGGGACACUACCCCCAGUGCGGCCAGUGAGCAACGGCGGCAAAUGGCGAGAGGUUCUUCUUCUGCUUCGACCAUAGACGACCAUAGAUCCCAGAUGUCAAGGGCAAGGUCCUAUGCGAGCACAUCUGCUACGAGCGUCAGCAUAUCUGGGGAUAUUGCAAGCCAGCUUCAUGGAGGGUAUUCCCAUCCGCUUGCCAGAACUUGGCAAGCCGAACGUCAAUUGACCAAGUCAAUGCUAAUUCUCCCACUUUUCAUUACCGACAACGACGAUGAAGAAACGCUCAUCCCAUCUCUCCCAGGCCAAUACCGCCGCGGCAUCAACAAAGUCGUUCCUUUCCUCGAACCUCUCAUCCGAAAAGGCCUCCGCUCUGUCAUACUAUUCGGUGUCCCACUUGGUCAAGGCGUAAAGGAUGCUCUUGGGACAGCCGCCGACGAUCCAAAGGGCCCUGUCAUGUCCACAAUCCGUCUCUUGCGCCAACGCUUCCCACAACUCUUCCUCGUCGCCGACGUCUGUCUCUGCGAAUACACGUCUCACGGUCACUGCGGUAUUCUACGUGAUGAUGGUGGGCUCAACAAUGAGCUUUCAGUCGAUCGAAUCUCUGAUGUCGCUAUUGCGUAUGCGCAAGCAGGAUGCCAUUGCGUUGCACCUUCUGACAUGAACGAUGGCCGAAUCAGAGCGAUCAAGCUCAAGCUGAUCGAAGCUGGAAUUUCACACAAGACUGUUCUCAUGUCGUAUGCUGCGAAAUUCUCGGGCUGCUUGUAUGGACCAUUUCGUGACGCUGCUGGCUCAGUUCCUUCAUUUGGAGACCGAAAAUGCUACCAGCUGCCACCAGGAGGACGAGGUCUUGCUCGCAGAGCCAUUGAAAGAGAUAUUGCCGAAGGUGCCGACAUCAUCAUGGUCAAGCCUGCCAGUCAAUUUUUAGAUAUUAUCAGUGACGCUAAGGAUAUUGGACGAAAUAUGCCAGUUGCGGCAUACCAAGUCAGUGGCGAAUUUGCCAUGAUUCAUGCAGGAGCGAAGGCGGGUGUGUUUGACUUGAAAACAAUGGCAUUUGAGGCCACAGAGGGUAUCUUGAGGGCCGGUGCUACUAUUGUGGUUUCCUAUUUUACCGCCGAUUUCUUGGACUGGCUUGAAUCGUAGGACGCAUGUAUUCUUGAGCCUUUUCCCUUCGAGUUUGGCGCAUGGGUUUUUGGAGUGCGUAGAUAAAAAUAUCUUGGGAAUACCAAUGGUUGCGAAAGUUAAACUGGUGGCUUAGGAAAUCAAUAAGAUGCGAGAAUUCUUUGCUAAAUAAAAUGGCUUGUAGUGUUCGAAUGU